CACUCCUUCUCAUUAAAUUCAAAGCUUCUUUACAUGUUAAUCAUGUUUUUGUUCUUCUAAGAGUGUAUUCUUUUGUCAAGGUGGUAGCUUUUUAGACAUGGCUCUUUCUUUCUCUGCAUUUCUUAGUUUCAUAAUCUAACUUUUGGGGGUUUUUUUAUUCUCUUCUCUUCUCUCUAUCAUUUAGUAGGUUUUUGGUUAUUCUUCCUUCCCCUUUCUGGUUUUUCCUUUUGCCAAUCUGGGUUCCCUUCUUCGAUAAAAUCUCUCUUUUCUAUUAACUUUUUUUUUUUAUAUUUUUUUUGUUAUCUUAGUUGACGGAUCUUAUUUUCUACCAGUUCUUUUUUUUUUUGGUGGGGUUGGGGACUUUUGGUUUCUGAGAAUUCUGCUUUCAAGGCAUAUCUAUUAAUAUCAUUCUAUUUGUAGAUAAUAGGCACUUUUUCUUUAAUUUUUCUCUUCCUUUUUGUUUUACAUUUCUCAACCUACUAUAUGUAUAUAUAUAUCUAUAUAAUUUUCUUUCCUUCUGAUUUUGCAGCUUGAGUGUUGCUCUUAGACUGGUGACCCUGAAUCCUGUUUUGCAUUUAACUACUUGUUCUUCUUGUGAUAGUUAGGUGUUUAAUGUUCUUCCUGCUGAAUACUUGUUUCUAAUCAAUCUGUUCCUCUUUCGCUUUACCUUUUUCCUUUUUCAUUAUGUAAAACAGAGGAAGCUCUCAAGAUUUUCUUAAUAAUAUAUCCCUGAGCAACCAAGGAAGCAAGAUUUGGACCAACUUAGCUAAUUGGUUCAAAACAAAGUUUUCAAUACCAAAAAAUAAGAAUUUUCUUUUUUUUUUUUGUUUUUAAAGAAAUGAAGAUAAUUGGUUUUAUAAUUUUGAAAAUUGACUUUAUUUGUUUGCAUCAUGUAUGUUCCAGCUGAUUCUCCAUUUGAAAGAUUAUUACUCUUCACUUAUUCGUUUUAUUGCAGAUUCAUCCCUUCUUCCAGCAAUAUUAAAGGAUGGGGGAUCAUUUUGUAUUGCUGGUGGAUCGGUUGUUAACUGAAUCCACACUUGAAGCUGCUAUUGAGAGCAAAAACCGAUUGGAGCAAGUCACACCCUUGUCAAACAAAGAUAACCUGACUGAAUUUUCUUUCUGUAAAAUGGAUGAAAAUAAUGAUUCAUCUUGGAGAGAAUUGGAGCAAUGUAGGAUUUGCCAUGAUGAGGAUGAAAGCUCAAACAUGGAAAUGCCUUGUUCUUGCUGUGGUAGCUUGAAGUAUGCUCACCGUAAAUGUAUCCAGAGGUGGUGCAAUGUAAAAGGCGAUACUAUAUGUGAAAUUUGUCAUCAGCCAUUUAAACCUGGUUAUACAGCACCUCCUCCUCUGUUUCAUUAUAGUGGCAUCCCAAUGAAUUUCAGAGGAAAUUGGGAGAUAUCUAGAGGAGAUCUUCACAAUUCUAGAUUUAUAGCAAUGGUCACUUCUGAUCAAGAUUUUCCGGAUUCUGACUUCGAGGACUUUUCACCUUCCAAUUCAAGAAGUCUGAUAUGCUGCCGAAUUAUAGCUAUAAUUUUUAUUGCUCUUCUUGUACUUCGCCACACCCUUCCGAUUGUAAUCAAUGGAAGCGGUGAUUACUCGUUUACAUUGUUUAUGUUACUAUUCUUCAGACUGUUGGGAUUCUGUUGCCUAUAUAUAUUAUGUUUAAAGCAUUCACAGUAAUCCAACGUC